UCGUAUUUUUUCGUUUCAACAGUUAACUGAACUAUAAAAAUUAAAAUAUUGUUAAAGUCUGAGUUUUACUACAUUUAAUCACUAAAAAUCGAUUCCAAUCUGUAGCCAGAUUUUGCGUUUUCUGUCAGAUUUGACAAGAAAGUCACGCAGGUUUGUUUAUAAACAUAAGCCAGAGGGCGUUAAGGAAAUACCGCGACUCAACCCGACCCGCGAGUUGACCAGUUUGAGUAUACUUACAUGUACCCCGGGUAAUCUUAAGUAUACUUACAUGUACCCUGGGAGCGGUAAAUAUACUAAAAGUUACCUAGGAAUUUUUACACUAAAUCGGUCGUUGUUGGCUAUUUUUUUUAAUAUGUUAUGUUAACAUUUAUGUCAAUUAUCUGUUUAAUGGCCUCUAUAUUAUCAAAACUCAUACUUAAAAAGUAUGUUGAAUCAGUUUUUUUUAAAGAGAAGUUUGUAUAAGAUAAACAAUAUUAUUUUAUGGUAUCGGUAGUGCGUUUUACGACAUCAGAUUUUGAGCAGGAAUACCCCUGGGGUACAGUCUAAUAUCAACCGGGUUUUACUACUGCAGUACAGCAGAUGAACACACUUCCAGCAGAAAUUAUAUUUACCUUGAGCUGUGAUGUUGCCAUCCUUUUGCAGAAUAAAAUUGGAGUUGUGAAUUUGGAUAAGUUGGUCAAGAUGGUGCAAGAUUUAAAUACUGACAUUGACAGAGACACACUACAGAGCAUUGUCAACGCAGUGACAUACUUAUUUAGGUGGAGUACCAAAGCCGGCUUAUCCUCCGAGGAGUUUUCUGGUAUAUUGGAGUCUAGUAGCCUCUUCCAAGCCCCUACUUGCUCUGCCCUCACCACUGUAUGGUCCCAGCAGAGGUCCAAUCUGCAGCUAUCUAAUGAGCAGAGGCAUGUGCUCGGAGUGGGUCAGUUGCUGGACCUACAGUGGAAGCUGGGUAUGGCCGUGACCUCAGAUCAAUGCCGAAACCUGAACUCUCCAUAUGUCACCUUGACCUUCACAGUAGGCGACCCUGGGGGCAGUGUCCGAACACACACUGUGGAGAUGAGCACUGCACAGUUCAGGAAUUUUUCUAAGCAGUUGAAGGACAUACAGAAGAUGAUGGAAGUAGUUUGACUUCAAAAAUAUGAGAUGCAUCAUGCAAAAAUGGGGGUUAUGCCAUAUGCACCCAGCGUAACUUCAGACCUGUCUGCACAUUUGCGCAGUCUAGUUAGGAGCUACCCAGUCUGCUUACCAGACCACAAUACCUUAUGUGACUUUAAUGACCACAAUACCUUAUGUGACUUUAAUGCGGACAGGGAAGCUCUUUACCAGACUGUGCAGUCUUGCUAUGCUUGCCGCAUGUUUAAUAAGACCCAUCUACACAUGACAUCGCACAAGUAUAUGCACUAGUUUCCUUAAUUUCAAGUGUAAAGCAGAGAUGCAAUGGGCUGUGAAAUGAAAAGAUAGACAGUCGACACAUAAAGACUUAUCAGUUUAGAAAUCGUAUGAAGUGUAUUCAAAUUAAGCGACAAUAGUAACCAUUUUUUUGCCUCUCUUAAGAGACAUUGGAAUGCAAGUCUAGCCAUGGUAUGUUCAGUCUAGCCAUGGUAUGGUCAGUCUAGCCAUGGUAUGGUUAGUCUAGCUGUGCUAAGGUGGUCAGUCUAGCCAUGGUAUGGUCAGUCUAACCAUGGUAUGGUAAGUCUAGCCAUGCUAUGGUGGUCAGUCUAGCCUGCUUUGGUGGUCAGUCUAGCCAUGGUAUGUUCAGUCUAGCCAUGGUAUAUUCAGUCUAGCAGGUAUGGUUAGUCUAGCCAUGGUAUGGUUAGUCUAGCCAUGUUAUGGUUAGUCUAGCCAUGGUAUGUUCAGUCUAGCCAUGGUAUGGUCAGUCUAGCCACGGUAUGGUUAGUCUAGCCAUGGUAUGGUCAGUCUAGCCAUGCUUUGAUGGUCAGUCUAGCCAUGGUAUGGUUAGUCUAGCCAUGGUAUGUUCAGUCUCGCCAUAGUAUGGUUAGUCUAGCCAUGGUAUAGUUAGUCUAGCCAUGGUAUGGUUAGUCUAGCCAUGGAAUGGUCAGUCUAGCCAUGGUAUGGUCAGUCUAGCCACUGUAUGGUCAGUCUAGCCACGGUAUGGUCAGUCUAGCCAUGGUAUGGUCAGUCUAGCCACGGUAUGGUCAGUCUAGCCACGGUAUGGUCAGUCUAGCCAUGGUAUGGUCAGUCUAGCCAUGGUAUGGUCAGUCUAGCCAUGGUAUGGUCAGUCUAGCCAUGGUAUUGUCAGUCUAGCCAUGGUAUGGUCAGUCUAGCCAUGGUAUGAUCAGUCUAGCCAUGGUAUUGUCAGUCUAGCCAUGGUAUUGUCAGUCUAGCCAUGGUAUUGUCAGUCUAGCCAUGGUAUUGUCAGUCUAGCCAUGGUAUGAUCAGUCUAGCCAUGGUAUGGUCAGUCUAGCCAUGGUAUGUUCAAUCUAGCCAUGGUAUGGUCAGUCUAGCCAUGGUAUGGUCAGUAUAGCCAUGGUAUGGUAAGUCUAGCUAUGGUAUAGUCAGUCUUGCCAAGGUAUUUUCAGUCUAGCCAUGGUAUGGUUAGUCUAGCUAUGGUAUAGUCAGUCUAGCCAAGGUAUGUUUAGUCUAGCCAUGGUUUGGUCAGUCUAACCAUGGCAUGGUCAGUCUAGCCAUGGUAAGGUCAGUCUAACCAUGGUAUGGUCAGUCUUGCCAUGCUAUGGUGAUCAGUAUAGCCGUGGUACAUGUAUUGUCAGUAUAGUCAUGGUAUGGUCAGUCUAGCCAUGGUAUGGUCUGUCUAACCAUGGUAUGGUCAGUCUAGCCAUGGUAUAGUCAGUCUAACCAUGGUAUGGUCAGUCUAGCCAUGGUAUGGUCAGUCUAGCCAUGGUAUGGUUAAUCUAACCAUGGUAUGGUCAGUCUAGCCAUGGCAUGGCCAGUCUAGCCAUGGUAUGGUCAGUCUAACCAUGGUAUGGUCAGUCCACUGUUAAGACAAACACAGAUUGUAGUGUAUUGUCUCUACAAGUUUGUGUGUAAGGGCUUGAUUUUUAUUGUAAAUGUAUUAUAACAUUCAUAGCAUUAUGUUUUGGGCAUUUUAAAAACAUGUAGUGAAUAUUUACCAAAGUACUGUUAUAACACUUAAAUAACAAACCAAAACAAUCUACUGCUUUUAGCAAGCAUAUUUUCCAUUAUGAAGUGCUUUCAAAUUAUACUUUGAAUUUGCUUUUUUCCUGUAAAAUAAUUUAUUUUUAAAAGCAUAAUUUAAAUAUCUUUUGUUGAAUGCCUGUGUUAAUGGUUAAGCAUUAAUGAUGUAUACUAUUAUUGUUUCAAUAACAUCAUGUGUUUUAAUAGAUCUAUCUAUAAGAAGCAUUUACUAGUUAGAAGUUAAAGAAGGUAUAUCCAAGUAAUUCAAGUAGAUGUCGAUAUCAGCAACUGGCAAUUAUGAAAUAUGAUAUAAAGGCAUAAUUUGAAUCUGAAAUAAAUGUCUCUCACAAUCUGUUGACCUUCAUUUAAAUUGUUUCAUGUUAUUUUACAAUAAUCUUUUUACUGCCAUUUUAUGAUGCACAAUUAUUUUUUUAUAUAUGGUUGUUUAUGAAAUUGGAAGGCUUUGUUACUGUUAUGUAUUGAUAUAAUAUUGCAUGAGAAUCUCAAUAAAUUAAAAACAUAAA